AUGGCAGCAGAAGCGUCAUCCAUCGAACUAAAGAAAGCCCCGCCAAACACUCUAUCCGCAGAGACGGCUCAUGUCCCAGAUCAAGGGCCUUCUGAGAGCAAUUACAAUUCGGACCGGGCAAUUAUUUCUGGAGAUGAUGAGAAUCCUCCCACCGGCGCAGCAGAAUUCUCCCUACCGCCUGUUGACAGGGGAAAGGAUGCAUGGGGUUUCUUAGCCGCUUGCUUCGUCCUGGAAGCGUUGGUAUGGGGCUUUCCAUUUUCGUUUGGUGUUUUUCAGGAUUACUAUCGCACACAUGAGCCGUUUGCUGGGUCAUCUAAAACUGCCGUAAUUGGCACAACUGCAAUGGGUAUCAUGUAUCUCGAUAUUCCAAUCAUCAUGGCUGUCCAGCGCAUAUACCCAAAGCCAACCCGUUAUGCGCCUGUCGCCGGCCUCUUAUUCCUCUGCCUUGCUCUCGCCAUCUCUUCCUUUUCGCAAAAUGUUACGCACCUCAUCUUGACCCAGGGAGUCCUCUAUGCCAUCGGUGGCUCCAUCUGCUACUGUCCCUGCAUGCUAUACAUGGACGAAUGGUUCCAUUCCGCUAACUUCAUUGUCGACGGCGUAAUGUGGUCUGGAACGGGCCUCGGUGGUUUUACUAUUCCUCUUCUUCUCGAGUUCUUCCUCAACAAGUACGGAUUCAGAACCACAUUGCGGAUCUGGGCUCUCGCCAUGUUCGUCUUGUCCGCGCCAUUGUUCCUGGCAAACCGGUCUUUUGGCAUGUAUCAGCUCACAAACAUUGUGCAAGGAGUUGGAUACUUCCUUCCGGGUAUCUAUCUGCCAACAUACGCGCGGGUGUACCUCGAUGCUGGUGAUUUCCCGUCGGCUUUGACACUCUUGGUCUUGAAUGUCGGUUCUGUUAUAGGAUGUGUCGCCAUGGGUACCUUGAUUGAUCGUCUGCAUGUGACGACGUGUCUUGGAAUAGCGACCGUCGGCACCGCGAUUGGUACCUUUUUCCUUUGGGGACUAGGCAGUAACAUGGCCUCUCUUUACGUAUUUUGCUUCGUUUAUGGCAUGUUUGCGGGAUGUUAUACGUCUUCAUGGCCUGGAAUCAUGUCCCAUCUCAUGUCAUUAGGCAGCGGAUCUAGGGAAGAGAACAGCGGGAGCCGUUCCACCUAUGACCCUCUCAUGGUGGUCGGUUGGCUGUCUGCUGGGCGUGGCAUUGGCAAUGUCGUCUCAGGGCCAUUAAGUGAGGCGCUGCUCAAGGGAAUGCCAUGGCAAGGCCAAGCCGCCGGCGGGUAUGGCAGCGGAUAUGGAACGCUGAUAGCAUUUACUGGCGCAACGGCUGUUGUUGGAGGCAGCACCUUUCUGUUUCGAAGGAUUGGAUGGCUGUAG